AUGGUGGAGGUGGAGGGACCGGCGGCGUCCGUGCUGGACGUCCAGCGGAGGACCUGGUGCGCCGGGUGCCACCGUCUCAUCCGGGACCAGUUCCUGCUGCGGCUGAACAGCGACCUGUGGCACGAGGAGUGCGUGAGGUGCGCGGCGUGCGGGGACGCGCUGCGGACGCGCUGCUUCCUGCGGGAGCGCAGACUGUACUGCCGGGCCGACUACAUCCGUCUGUUUGCAGGGCGGUGCAGGGGCUGUAGGGAGGCCAUCUCCCCGGCAGAGCUGGUGAUGCGUGCUGGCUCCGCUGUGUUCCACCUGCGCUGCUUCACCUGCAGCGUGUGUUCCUGUCCCCUCCAGACCGGAGACCGCUGCGUCUUCAGGGACGGACAGCUCGUUUGUGCCAGGGAGGACUACCACCGGUGUCUGGCAAGCCCAUCCUCCUGCGACAUGGAUAAAAGUGAUGAGGAGGAGGAAGAGGAGGAAGACACGGAGAAGGAUCCCGGCAGACGGAUCAGGGCGGGAGACUUGGAGAGCAAACGGCCCAAGAGGCCGCGCACCAUCCUGACCACCCAGCAGAGACGGUCCUUCAAGGCCUCCUUCGAGGUUUCCCCCAAGCCUUGUCGAAAGGUAAGGGAGACCUUGGCAGCAGAGACUGGUCUGAGUGUCCGUGUCGUCCAGGUCUGGUUCCAAAACCAAAGAGCCAAGAUGAAGAAACUGGCACGGAGACAGCAGCAGCAGCAGCAGCAGGAGCACCAGCAGCAGCAGCAGCACCAGCAGCCGCCACGUCACACAGCACCCUCCUGUGGCAGCUUGACCUCUGACCUGGACCCCCUGAGUUCUCGCUACCCCCAUCUUCAGCAGCAGCAGCAGCAGCAGCAGUCGCAGAUGGAGGUCAUCAGCCUGGAGCAGCAGGACUACGAUAUGGAGCCGUUCCGACAGGGCCUAACCCCUCCUCAGAUGCCCGGGGACCACAUGCAUCCCUAUGGUUUUAAGGGCCUGUUUGGUGACUUGGAUGGAGAUCCCCUGUGUCAUCUGACUGACACCGACUGCCUGACCAUGGCUGACUCCUCUCUACUCACCCCCAUCGACCACCUCUACUCUAUGCAGGACUCCUACUUCACCUCCUGA